GGGAUAAUCAUUUGGGGCUGUGUGCAGUCCUAGGUGAACUUCCUUUCUUGUUCCUUGAAUAUCAACACUGCACUGCUGAAACUCUAGGGUGAAUGUAGGCUACCAGACGCGGGUAUUCAAGUUGAUAAAUGCAUGCAUGCAUUAGUUUGGGACAGUAGUGUAGGCCCAAAACACGUCUUUUAUGAACGUGGCUGUAAACUGUGUGUGUACUAACCGCUUACUGCAUGCAUGAGUUGGAAACUGAAAUAUGACGUUGAUCGAUGUGUGGGUGGUCAUAUUCCGAAGUUUGUUCGAGGAAACGCCCAACAAAUGUUAUGUGUCACGUGGGGCUGAAUGUCUACCUACUGAAUCUACUUUGCUUGAUGAUCACUCGAUGAUAUGCCAGGAUGAGACGUCAAGAAUUUCUUGUGUGUCAACAAAUAGUCUCCGAUCAAAUACCUGUCUUGAAGUUAUUGCGAGAAGUCUUCAGAACGAUCGUAUCGAGCAAGUUACGGACACCAGCAUAAAAAAUGACUAUGGAGAACAAGAAUCUGAAACGUCCAUCGUUAAAAAUGGCACGCAGGUAACUGGAAUACCUCUCUCCGGAUUCGAUCAAAACGAAAUGUCAUCCAACUUUCCGUUUGUUUGCAAGGCGAAAGGAGACGGAAAUUUGAUCAUCAUUGGCGGAAACACCACAAUUUCCCAACAUCAGAAGGCAUCAGGUUCUGGACACGCGAUAAUUGAGGGCGCUGGGAUAUCCACUAGAGAUCUCGACUCUGAGGUGGAUCCACCCCGGCGUCGAGGUCUUCAGUAGGCAUCCAAACGACCACAAGCUGAUCGCGAUGUCCCGUCUGCAGACCCUGCGACACUUCAAAGAAUCUUACAUGAAAUCAAUGAUAUGAAGAAGCGUCUACCUUGCGCUGGUUGUGACAGACAAAACAAUCAUUCCAGCUGUUUUAUUAGUCAGGAUGAUAUCACCUACUACACGGGCUUCUCAGCGAAUGAAUUUGAUAUUACUGUUCAGAAACUAGAAGGACAAUUUCGGUCAUUUAAUCACAGGAAACGAGCUCAGAAUGGAAUGAGCUUUUCGUUCCGAGAACUCUUUUUUAUAGGAUUGGUUAGGUUGAAGCACGAUUUCCGUUUUGAACAUAUGGCGCAUCUGUUUAAAAUAGAUGCGCGCCACUGUUCUAUUGCCUUUUUUAGAUGGCUUGAUUUUAUUUUCACACUUUCAACAAAUCUGGAUUGGUCAAAUAGACAUCCGGUUUAUAAACCUUGGCUAGACAAGUUUAUAAAGGAACUGAAAGACGUUCAUGUAUUAGAUGAAAUAGAACUAACUCAGGAUACAGGUUUAAGGGCGUUAUUAUGCGUGGAUUGGCUGAGCGGAUCUGUUCUUUUUGCAUCAGAUGUUUAUAACGAUUCCUUACGGGCUAAAAAUGUUAAAAACAAAAUUAAAAACCAAAAUGCUUUGUUGGCUGUGUUAAAGAAAAACCUAGAGCGUGGAAUACUGAAAAGGGGUAAUGAAUUCAUUGUGAAAAAAUCUUUGAAUGUUCGAGAAGAUUUAACUCAGCUUGGUUUUGAAGUAAGAGAAAACGUAUCUCAUAGGAAAAGGGCAAUGGAAGGUAUUCGCGAAUUUAAAAUCUUAACUAACACAGAUGGUUGGUCUGACUGGCAUUUUAAAAAGAUUUGGCACGCUUGCUUCUUUUGUUUAGAUUUAAAAACAAGAUUGAAUAACAUUCUAUGAAAAGGAGUGGUGAACUUUAACCGAAAGAAAAAGUUACAUUUGGAGGUUGAGUUGAAGUAACGGUUUGGUUUCACUGUUGGAAUUAAAACAUUUUGACAUUAAGUUAAUGUCAUGUGAAGUUGACUGACUGGUUGUUAAAAUUAUUAUAAAGAGGAACAAAAACAUUGACUGGAACAAAAGUUGAAUUUGCGACAUCAGAAGCGCCGGUACUGGGCAGUCCAGUACCGGCGCUCUACCAACUGAGCUGUCGAACCCAAUUUGGGUUAUUUUCCAAUUUGUCACCUUUUGUUUCGGCGGGCGCUGUCAGAAGCAAUACAAACUGAAACACGCCGCCGCCCGACAAAGACAUUGACAAAAGGGAAGAAUUGGUAAUAUAUGGCUAAGCGGCACAGGCUACGAGAGCACCGGUGCAGUGCCCAGGAGGUUUAAGGUUCGAAUCUCUUAUCAGUCAAUUUCUUCGUUUAUGUUUCUAAAAUUAAAGCAGAUGUUCAUGUUUGAGUUGUGUUGAAAUAAAUGCAGUAGGCUGCUGUUCCAAAGACGCAA